GCAUCGCGCCGGGCAGAGAUGGCGGCGUUGGCGAGGACGGUGUGGUGUGGAGGGGCGGGAGCCUGCGGAGGCCGGGCGGCCGCACGCGGCUUCGGCACCACCGCCGCCCUGGCCCGCCGGGCCGCGCCGCUGGGGCCGAUGCCCAACGAGGACGUGGACGUGAGCCGGCUGGCCUCGCUGGAAAAGUACCGGAGCUUCGACCGCUACCGGCGCCGGGCGGAGCGGGAGGCCAAGGCGCCGCACUGGUGGAAGACCUACCGGGACUACUUCGGAGAGGAGCCAGAUCCCGAAGACCGGGUGGACAUCGGGCUGCCCCCUGCCCAGACGCGCCGCCGCCAGCAGCUCCGGGAGCGGAAGGAGCUCUUGAAGCAGAUCCGGAGCUCACCGGAGCUGGAGAGGGCGGCCCGCCUCCGGACAGCCCUGAUCCCCCUGGAGGAGGUGAAGGCCGAGUGGGAGAGGACCGCCGGCCCCUACCACAGGCAGCGUGUGGCUGAGCACUACGGCCUGUAUCGGGACCUGUUCCGAGGAGCCACCUUCGUGCCCCGGGUCCACCUCAGGGUCGCUUACAACCUUGACGGGGACUACGUGAUGCCCGUGUACCACGGGAACGAGGUCACCCCCACCGAGGCCUUCGGCGCCCCUGACGUGACGUUCGAGGCCGAGGAGGGCUCCCUGUGGACGCUGCUGUUCACCAGUCUGGACGGGCACCUCCUGGAGCCAGACGCCGAAUACGUCCACUGGCUGGUGACCAACAUCCCGGGGAACGAGGUGGCCGCGGGCCAGGAGCAGUGCCACUACCUGCCCCCCUUCCCCGCCCGGGGGACCGGUUUCCACCGCCUCGUCUUCCUCCUCUUCAAGCAGGACCACCUCAUUGACUUCUCCGAGGACACUCGGCCCUCGCCGUGCUCCAGCCUGGCCCAGAGAACCUUCCGCACCUUCGACUUCUACAGGAAGCACCAGGACUCCAUGACCCCGGCUGGCUUGGCCUUCUUCCAGUGCCGCUGGGACGAUUCGGUCACCACUGUCUUCCACCGGCUGCUGAACAUGCGGGAGCCGGUGUUUGACUUCGUGCGGCCGCCCCCCUACCACCCCAAACAGAGGAAGUUCCCCCACCAGCAGCCGCUGCGCUACCUGGAUCGCUACAGGGACAGCCAGGAGCCCAGCUACGGCAUCUACUGAGUAGGGGCGGACCUGCCCGGGCCUCCAGCCGGUCUGGAUCCUGUGGGAUGUGGGUUGGAGGGGCGGAGCCCCUCCCUGACACCCCCCAGUUUUCACCCGCCACUGCGGGGCCGGGCCCUGACGGCCGGGAAGGGUUGUCCGGACCCAGGAUGUGAAUAAAGGCGAUUUCUGUGGUGCAUUGUGGCAGCCCAGAAUCCAGGGAGGGUGGCUGAUGGUGGAGAAAGGCUGAAUGUAAGGUGCCUGGCUGAACCCCUGAGAGAGAACCGGAUCAGCGAAGGACACCGCCCCGGGGGGGUUUGCAAACUAAUGACUACUCUCUUUGUUGAGUGCUCGUCCCUACUCCAUUAGAUUGGAAAUGCAAUGUGGACAGGGAAUGUCUCUUAUUUUGCCGUCCCCAGUGGGUCAUUCAAUAAACGUUGCAACUACUGUG